AUGGAGCCAAAAUUAAAAGACUUCAAUUCGCAAGACAGUGAAAAGAUGUCCACACCUUUCUCGAUAAACGACAUUUUAACCCGCGAAAACGACUCCAAGUGUUUUGAAAAUGGAAUGUUCUGUUCGGCGGGCGCGUUCGGAAAACUUUUUUUAAAUAAAUCGAACUACGGCAAAGAGUACAAGCAGGAUUUGGACAAGAUGAAAUAUUACGAUGACUGCAAUUUUAGAGAUUAUACCGACGAUGGUGCGUUGGAUAUGUCAAGAAAAUCACAGUUCCCAGUCACAGAAUUAUCAGAUGACUACGACUCCCGGUCCUCCACCACCGGAUCCCCCCGCAGGACUUCAUCCCCGCACUCCCCCCACUCCGACAUCGCCUACAAACCCUUCCUCUACGACGCCAAACCGACAGAAAGAAUAUCUCCCUCCUACCCAGAAUACGCCCAGAACAACGGCAGAAAGAAGAGAUCGAGAGCCGCCUUCUCCCACGCCCAAGUCUACGAGCUAGAGAGACGGUUCAGCCAACAGAGAUACCUAUCAGGACCAGAGAGAGCCGAUCUAGCCGUUAGUCUGAAGCUCACAGAGACGCAGGUGAAGAUCUGGUUCCAGAACAGAAGAUACAAGACCAAGAGGAAGCAACUGCAGAUGCAAGAAAGCGGGAUGCUAGCAGCGGCCGCAGCAGCAGCCAACCACGCACGAAAAGUGGCAGUAAAGGUGCUUGUCAACAACAAUUCCGCACCGAAUAUUCCAGAUUUAAAACCAUAUAAUCCAAUGAUGGGGAAAACCCCGCUAUUCCCGCCGCCCAUUCUAGAAGGAUCCCCCAUCUUGAAGCAUUUCGCUGGGGUAUAUGGGGUGGACUUGAAAAAUCCGGAGUAUAAGGCGCUGCUUCAAGAGUCUUACAACCAGGCUGUAUUGCAGUCCUUAUACGCGCCUCACCUAGGUCUCAACUAUGGCAACCUACCUCUCUCCUACAUGUACUAUCCAGGGCAUCCAGGUUUUGGACUCCAGGUGCCAAGUGACCUAGAUAGAGCAGGCGAAACGAGCAUGGAAGUAAAAGAAGGGGAGGGAUCGAAAGAUAAAAGAAAGAUACCAGUCAACAUUAACGAAAAUAGCAACGAAAGUAUGGCGAGUAAUAUUGAGGUAGAAAAUUAAAAUAAAAGAAUAAAAUAAACCCCCUUUGUCUUACGACUGCAUUCCCUAUCUUCAAGUGAAGACAAAGAAUGCAGUCCACAGACAUAGAUCAAGACAGAUACCGCAUGUCGCUCCAUUUGUAUGAAUACGAGCGUGCCACGUUUUUCCUACCUACUGUGGCGUACCGAGGAUAAUAAACGUGUCCAUCAUCUAAGCCAACGUUUCUAUUUGAAUUUCUACACCUCAAUACGCCACUU